GCUGGGGGUGUAGAAGAGAUUAAAAGGGUCAGAAGAAUCAACGAGGAGGAAAAGGAUUUCUUCAUCACUUACUUGGAAUCUCUGCUUGCCUGGCAAGAGGAAAUAAGAGUUCCCUGUGGGGCCAGGUUGAAGAGAUGUUUCUACCUGUCUGGACUAGGUAGCUCCCUGGAACGUGUCUUGAAGUCCCAAACAAUGCUUGGCCCAGCUAAACUGUGCAAAAGACAAAUCCGCGUGAUCUCCGCAGGAACCAGCAUCAUCUGCAGAUGUUAGAAGGUUAUCAAUCAAAAUGGUACAUGCUGAAGCCUUUUCUAGACCCUUAAGUCGGAACGAAGUUGUUGGUCUAAUUUUCCGUUUGACAAUAUUUGGUGCAGUAACAUACUUUACUAUCAAAUGGAUGGUAGAUGCAAUUGAUCCAACUAGAAAGCAGAAAAUAGAAGCUCAGAAACAGGCAGAAAAACUAAUGAAGCAAAUUGGUGUGAAAAACGUGAAGCUUUCAGAGUACGAAAUGAGUAUUGCUGCUCACCUAGUAGACCCUCUUAAUAUGCAUGUUACUUGGAGUGAUAUAGCAGGUUUAGAUGAUGUUAUUACAGACCUGAAAGAUACAGUCAUCUUACCUAUCAAAAAGAAGCAUUUGUUUGAGAAUUCUAGGCUUCUGCAGCCUCCCAAAGGUGUUCUUCUAUAUGGGCCUCCAGGCUGUGGUAAAACAUUGAUUGCUAAGGCUACAGCCAAAGAAGCUGGCUGUCGAUUUAUUAACCUUCAGCCUUCAACACUGACUGAUAAGUGGUAUGGAGAAUCUCAGAAAUUGGCUGCUGCUGUUUUCUCCCUUGCCAUAAAGUUACAGCCUUCCAUCAUCUUUAUAGAUGAAAUAGACUCCUUUCUACGAAACCGUUCAAGCUCUGACCAUGAAGCUACAGCCAUGAUGAAAGCGCAAUUUAUGAGUCUCUGGGAUGGAUUGGAUACUGAUCACAGUUGCCAGGUCAUAGUGAUGGGAGCUACUAAUCGUCCUCAGGACCUUGACUCUGCUAUAAUGAGAAGAAUGCCUACAAGAUUCCAUAUCAACCAGCCUGCACUAAAACAAAGAGAAGCAAUCUUGAAACUCAUCUUGAAAAAUGAAAAUGUGGACAGGCAUGUAGACCUGCUUGAAGUCGCUCAAGAAACUGAUGGGUUUUCAGGAAGUGAUCUAAAAGAGAUGUGUCGAGAUGCUGCCCUCCUCUGUGUCAGGGAAUAUGUUAAUUCUACAUCUGAAGAAAGUCAUGAUGAAGAUGAAAUCCGGCCUGUGCAACAGCAAGACCUGCAUCGGGCAAUUGAAAAGAUGAAGAAAUCAAAGGAUGCAGCAUUUCAGAAUGUUUUAACACAUGUUUGUUUAGAUUAAAAGUAAAGAUCAUUUGUACAGUUCAGUGAUCUAGUUUGGUGUCCCCUCUUAUCAGCGGAAGUAGAGUGGAAAGAGUACCCUUAAAAGAGUGAAAGAGUCCCAUGUUUAUGGUUUUAUACUCUGAAUUCUAAAUUAUUGAGGUAUAGUUAUAUAAGUGGUAUUACUACUUGUCAGAAUCAUGAAGAGGAACAAUUUAAUCCAGCCCAAGUGUGGGUGCUUGUGUUUGACCUCUUUAGCCAUAUGUCGUCACAGCCUUAUAGAAUCUAAGCUGGUCUUAAAGGAAUGAAUGACUCAUUGAAUCAUUAGUGAGAAGUGGGGAUGUGGUUAGGUGCUGGUUCUAGACGUUUGUCUGUGUAUGUAUGUGUGUACAUUAAGUGUAUAUACUCACACAUUUUUUUAUUGACAUUCUGUAGAUAUGUUUGAAUACAGAAAUUUUUUUUACCCCAACCACUGAAUCCAAAAGUACCAAAUAGUAUAUAGGAAAACUACAAUUUGAGGUUGUAUCUUAACAGGUACAGUGAUUCAACCAUUUCUAGUUGUCAUUUGUUUUAGCCUUUUCUAAGUUGAGUGUUUUUCGGUCUGCAAUUGAUUAGUUGAAUCAAGCACAUCGGAAUAUAUGGUUUAAUUAUAAUGGUUAUAAGGAUAAUCAAAUAAAAAUAUUGCUUAAGGCAGAUGUAUGAUCAGCACUGAUUUCACCUCUUUCUGCAAGCCAUUAAGAAGACUUUUUAAACAAUGUUAUAUUGAUUUACAAGAAGGUGGAUUGAAAGCCUUUUAAAAGAAUGGGUUUGAAAAACUUCAGCACCUUUUAAGAUGUAUAUGUGAUUUUUUUUUUCCUUUCUUUUAAUUUAAAAGGUAGUUUUGUUGUAACCAUGUCUUUAAAAUUCCAUUAAAAGUCACAUGUUGUGUAAAUUAUGCUCAAAUAUAAUUUGGUCACCAAAAAUGAAAUAGUAAUUUAAGCACCUGUUACUAAAUGUGCUAAAAAUACUCAUUUUGUAACUUCAGUUUUUAAAAUGUUCUCAGCUUAUUAUAAAUUGUGGCCUCUUUAAGUACAAAAGUACCCGAUCAAAA